UCACCGUGUCGACAUUAAAGAAAAAAAGAAAAGAAAAGCAUCUGCACCAAAACGACCGAGUUUUGACUUGACCCCCACGCUCAGAAACCCAUUGAUUCAUCCUCCCUGAACCUCUCUGCAACUUCCGCCAUUGAUCGCCGGCGAAGAUGAAGAUCAACGUCAAUCAAAUGACUCGCCGAGUCGAGGUCGACAAUCGCUACCCUCUCCGAUUCUACUACCGCAUCGCCGAUAAUCUCCUCAAACAGGCUAGUAUAUACCGUGAGGAGAAGAACAUUAUAGAGUUGUAUGUCAUACUUGUCCGAUUUUCGAGUUUGGUGUCUGAAACUAUACCGUGUCAUCGAGACUAUCAGGCGAUUCUUCCGAAAGAGAGGAGUCUAUAUAAGAAGAAACUGUUGAGUGUACUGGAUGAGCUCGAGUCUUUGAAGCCAGAAUUCCAACGCCGUGCCAGUGAACAUAAUGAGGCCGCUGCAGCUUCUCAGCUUCCUGAACUUGAAAGCACUUCAUAUGGCUUGCAGACGUCUUCUUUAGAAUGGCCUCCUGUGAACAAUAAAUCAUUGAGCAUGAAUGUCAGGCAGCCUGCUAGCCUGACAUCUCAGUCGUCAUGGAAGUAUAAAAAUGAUUUUUCACGGGGUACAACAAGUACUGUACAAAUCGACAAGCAGUUCCAGAAUCUAUCUUUUAAUCUACCUCUUCCAAAUAAAGAGACUUUGUCUAGACACUCAUUUUUGGGUCCAAAUGGUCUUCAGGGUCAGUGGCGAGGACCCAGCGCAAAAGUUAAGGUUCAAUAUCCAAGCGGUACUGACUUAAUCCCUAGUGAAAAUUCAGGCCUCAAUCAGGCUAUACAAUAUGAUCUUGUGGGAGUAAAAGAAGGUGAUCCAGGUGGGGUGAAUUCUACCAUGGAAUCAGUGCUCUCGUUGGACAAUGGUGAUUGGUUACGCACUGCUCAGGAAUCAUGUCCUUCAUGGAUUAGUGAAGCAAAGGAAGAUCCUUUUCCAUUGGUCAAACAACCUUCUCCUCCUCCUGUUCUUGCUCGAGUGCAGCAGGAAAUGGCUCCAAUUCAUCCUUCAAAAGUGGCAGAUCCAAGACCAGGACCUGCAAGUCCAUCUCAGGAUGGGAUGCCAAGUUCUAAUUCAUAUCAGCAUUUACACGUUCCAAUAAAAAUGAUGGAAGAUUUCUUAAGAUUGGCUCGGAAAAAUACAGAAAAAAACUUAGAAACAUGCGGUGUUCUUGCUGGUUCAUUGAAAAACAAGGUUUUUCAUAUCACUACGCUAAUAAUCCCAAAGCAAGAGUCAACUUCUGAUUCGUGUCAAACAUUGAAUGAGGAAGAAAUAUUUGAGGUUCAAGACAGACUAUCUCUUUUUCCUCUUGGGUGGAUUCAUACACACCCAUCACAGACCUGUUUCAUGUCAUCAGUUGAUCUGCACACUCAUUACUCAUACCAGAUUAUGUUACCAGAAGCAAUUGCAAUUGUUAUGGCUCCAACAGACACAUCCAGUCCACAUGGCAUAUUUCACUUAUCUGACCCAGGUGGUGUAUCCGUUAUUCGUAACUGUCAACAGCGUGGAUUUCAUCCUCAUGAGGAGCCUUCGGAUGGAACCUCAAUAUAUGAGCAUUGUUCUCACGUGUAUAUUAAUUCUAAUUUGAAGAUCGAUGUUGUUGAUCUGCGGUGAGAUUUUGACUUUUUACACUCACGUGGGGCGAAUCAAGAUUAUUUGGGAGAGACAGUAAAUAUGUAACACAAGAACUAUCAUGUCUUCAUCCAAUGACAAUAUUGUAAAUUCCAAGUGGUCUUCUGAAUAUGAAACAUUGAUCGAAUAUCCGGCUGUUUUGAUUUUCAUUAUUAUUGAUUGUAUAUGAGAGUUUGGUAGUAUGUAGAUAUUGGCAAUUUAUAUGAAUUUUUGUAAGGAAAAAAUAUGGAACUAUAUGCAGAUAUAUCUGAGGUAUGCAAAUUAUCACUA